AUGUUAGUGUAUGUGGAUGAUAUUGUUUUAACAGGAAACAAUGAAAGUGAGAUUGAAAAGGUUAAAGCUUUAAUGAAUUCUAAAUAUAAAAUUAAGGAUUUGGGCAGAUUGAAAUACUUUCUUGGAAUAGAAGUUAUUAAUUGUGAAAAUGGAAUUUGUUUAUCUCAAAGAAAGUAUUGUUUGGAGUUAUUGAAUGAGUUUGGACUUCUUGGUUGUAAGCCUAUUACUACUCCCUUAGAACAAAAUUUAACUUUCAAAAAUGAUAGCUCAAAACCUCUUGAAAUUAUUUCUGCAUAUCAAAAAUUGAUUGGUAAAUUGAUAUAUUUAACUUUAACAAGACCAGAUAUUUGCUAUGCUGUUCAGUGUUUAUCUCAGUUUAUGCAUGCUCCAACUCAGCAACAUCUUAUUGCUGGUUUCAGAAUUUUAAGGUAUCUUAAGUCUUCCCCAGGUAAUGGUUUAUAUAUUGUGAAAUCUGAAACUCUUAAUCUUAGAGGGUAUUCUGAUGCUGAUUGGGCUAGAUGUCUUAUGACAAGGAGAUCAGUUUCUGGGUAUUCUGUCUUCCUUGGAAACUCUUUAAUAUCUUGGAAAUCUAAGAAACAAUCCACAGUAGCUAAGUCUUCAGCAGAAGCUGAAUAUAGGGCUUUAGCUGCUGUAACUUGUGAAAUUAUGUGGCUUAUGAAUCUUUUAAGUGAUCUUGGUGUCAAAGUUGAUUUACCAGUUGAUGUUUUUUGUGAUAGUAAAGCUGCUUUACAGAUUGCAGCCAAUCCUGUAUUUCAUGAAAGGACCAAACAUUUUGAACUUGAUCUUCAUUUUAUUAGAGAAAAAAUCUGUUCAGGAGUUUUGAAAGCUAAUAAGAUCAAAUCUGAGCAUAACUUGGCAGAUUUGUUUACCAAGAGUAUUGGUUCUAAGCAACAUGCUUUUCUAAGUUCACAAUUGGGAAUGAUUGAUAUGCUUAAACCAUAA